GAAAAUAGGAAUUUCCGGUGGAUCAGAGUUCGAUACAAACCAAAUACUUUACUGUGGAUAAAUCAAGCUUAUUGCCAUUAUGAUGUGAACUUUCCCCAAUGUAAAGUAAUGUAGCUGAGGAUUUGCAAUGGGGACCAAGGGCGGGAUUUCUUUGGCCAGCUUCUGUGUUUUUAACCCAACAUAUGGACCAAGGGAAGGAGAGGAGCACAAGAAGAUUGUAUUUUUCUAUCCCAAAGAGACAGACAUAGAUACCCAGAUAAAACACAUUGGUCUCUGUGAGGCUAUAGUCAGAUUCACAGAAACAUUUUCUAACAAGCCAUGCCAAAGUCUCCACACAACCAAGAGAAGACAACUCUUUUUGGAAGCAGAAAAGGAUUUCUGGAUGAUUAUGACAGUUACAAUUCCCUUCACGGAGAAGACAAAGGAUGGACAGUCUGUGCUUGAGUACCAUGAAGAGGAGGUACAGGAUCGUGUGUAUGAGGCCAUUCUACAACAAGCCUACAGAAUGUUUCAGUUAUUUAAUGGGACAUUUGCCUCCAUAUUGGAAAGAACAGGAAAUAAUGUUAAAGUUUUACAACAGAGACUGGAGCAUUUUUAUGUUAGAUUUUUACAGACUCUGCGAUUGCCACAAGGGGAUAUUUUGGACAUUUUUUCUGGGAUCCACUUCAUGCCAUUAGAUAAGAACACCUACCUCCAUGUGCAGUGUUUCAUCAACCUGUUGGAGGCUUCAUUCUCUAGCAUCAAAUACACAGCUUUUCUCUACAAUGACCAGCUGGUCUGGAGUGGUCUAGAUCAGGAGGAUAUGAGGAUUAUCUAUAAAUACCUGAUCACCAGUUUAUUUCCGUCCUAUCAAGAACAAGAACUCCAGUCUACAAACUCCGUGUCCCCCUCCAGAAACUCAGCAGCACCUGGGGAUGUGCAUUAUGGAAAGUUUAUCACGGGACCACCUGACAUAAGAAAUGAGAAGAAUUUGGGCAAAGUUCCACGCGUGUACAUAAACACAGAAUGCUGUAAUGAGGAGUGCUUUCUUCUGGUGUAUAGAGCACACAAUGCCAGUGUCUGCAUGUUUCUUCCUGCUGCCUGCAAGAUCAAUUUUGAGCUCUGUCACAAACUUGAUAGUUUCCUUGGACCGCGGUUGUCACAGUUGGCCUCUGAUAUUGGUGAACAAUUCUCCAAGAAAGCGGCCUCAGGAGCAGAUACAGCGUAUCGAUUUAUUUACUUCAACCAUAUGAACCUGGCUCAGAAGACGACGGUUCACUCGGACAUGAGGAAGACGGGUAGUAACAACAUUCCACCAGAAACUCUCAAACUACUGACAGACAUUAGCUCCGAUAUGUCCAAGAGCCCAGAGGAUGGGGAGAUCAUUGUGAAGACGUCCACGGAUAAUUGGGUGGUGGGAAAGAAGUCGGAUCACCGCGAGUUCUUUGUGGUCAUCAAUCAAAAGAAUGCCAAUCUCAUAGAAAUCAAUGAGGAAGUCAAAAGACUAUGCGCCUCUAAUUUUACCAGUAUAUUUUUCCUGGAUUGACGAUGCAAGGCUUUAGUGUUUUUAUUUUUGUUUGUGCAAUAAAACUCUCUUCCUUUAAAUAUGAGUCCUAAGUAUAAUGUUUUAUAUCAAUAAAUUAUUUUAUUUAAAUG